AGAAUAGAGUCCACACCACAGUGACACCCAAUACUCCCAAUGAACUCAACUCUGUAACUCAUCUCUCUCUCUCUCUCUCUCUCUCUCUCCCAUUUCUCUCUUUUCUUCUUCUCAUGGCUUCCAAGCUUCUUCCUCAGGCUCUCAUAAUCACUCCUACUCAAUGUCCUUCCAGAAAGCUAGGGUUUUCCACGUUUCUCUCUCGCCGUCCCUCUUCUUCCUUCGUUUCCGGUGCUCCCACUUCCACCUCUAGGGUUUCAUCCCCCUCAAUCCCAUGGAAUUUCAGCCCCGUUGUCGCUGCGCUGCCGAAGCCGUCUUUCGUUGUGAGGGCAGAGUCCACCUCCGAAGCAGAGGUAGUGGCUGACGAGAAUGUUGAAGACAAUGAAGCUGUUGAAGAAUCUGGGGAGCCGGAGGCUGAGGUUGAGUCUGAGGAAGCCAAGCCGCCGAGGAAGCCUCGGGUUAAACUCGGAGAUGUGAUGGGGAUAUUGAAUAAGAGGGCAAUUGAGGCGGCAGAGAAGGAGAGGCCAGUCCCAGAUAUUAGAACAGGAGAUAUUUUGGAAAUUAAAUUGGAAGUUCCCGAAAAUAAGCGUAGGUUGUCCGUCUACAAAGGGAUUGUUAUUUCAAGACAAAAUGCUGGUAUUCACACAACUAUCCGGAUUCGCAGAAUUAUUGCUGGCGUAGGGGUUGAGAUUGUUUUCCCUCUUUACUCACCGAACAUCAAAGAAAUUAAAGUAGUAAAACACAGGAAGGUCAGGAGGGCAAGGUUGUACUACCUGAGAGACAAGCUUCCCAGGCUCUCCACUUUUAAAUAAGAACAACUCCGGUGCAGCUGCUUUUUGUUUGGUUUCACUUUCAGAGUAAUUUCUUCAAACUUGAGAUGUUGUAACUUGUAGGAACUAAAUGCCCUUGUAAUCAAUCUGUUGUGAUACAUAAUAUUGCAUUCUUGUCUUU